UUAUCCCUAUCAAACGAGGAAGCGUAACGCCAUUUCCUUACGCUCGACUCGGGCUGAACCGAGCCAGUUUCGAGUGUGCGACAUCCGACGAUUGACGUUUUAGGGGCUACGGAAUCUACGACGAUGUACACGCCGACGCACGGCAACGCGGCUGCCGCCGUACGGGCCACUGUUUUCGCCUCCCAGGUUUACUGUCUGUUGCUCGCCACAAGCGGGCAACCGGCCGGCGAAGUACUGGCGACGUCCACUUUUCCGACAUUCUUCCGAAGCCGCUUCAAUCCACGCACCCUGCACCAGCACAUCAACGGAAGCUCUCCCUUCAACCAGCCCAGCCAGCGGCUGGUAAUGGCGGCUGGCGUGCUGGAGGAUCGGGCGGGCUUAAAUGAAACCAGCGGGUCCGCGGGGCCAGGGACCAUGGAAUACCACGAAAGCCUGGAACUCAGCACGCCAUUGCCGGGGAAGUGGAGCAACGCCACGGACCAGCCGCUCCACAGUCAAUCCGUGCCGAAGCCCGCGCUCGAGCCGUCCAGCGACGACUGUGGUUCCCCAGAGGCGCUGGCCGACGGUCGCUUCCCGUGGCUGGUCAUACUCGAGCACGGCAGCACGGAUCCUCGCAGCCGGAAGCGGACCCUUAGCAAGGGGGUGCUGAUCGAUCAGCGUCACGUGCUGACGACGGUAUCGAGCAUCCAGAACACGUUUCCGUCGUGGGUCUUGACCGGUGUCCGACUGGGUGAUGCACCACGCCCUCGGCAGCGCGGCACGACGGGCAAACUGCGGCUCCCGGUCGGCACCGUGUUUCUGCACGAGAGCAAGGACAUCGCCGUCGUGCGGCUAGCCGGCGUGGUGCCUCGCCGUGGUCCUACCUGGCAGCCGGUGUGCGUACCGCGCGAAGACCACCGGCUGGAAGGGUUGGCACUGGUGUACCACGUGUGUCACAAGCACCGUGAAGUUGGCAAGGGCAGCCACAGCAGUAGCAAGUUGCUACCGGCCAAGCACAUCGGCGCCUCGGACUGCAAUCAAUAUUUUGCGCCUCACCGAACCACGAUCGAGACCAAAGGGUUCUGUGCGUGGGAGCAGACCACCGACAACUGUACCGGUGCGAUCGGUGGUCCCGUGUUGGCCAUCAUACGGGAUCGCUAUCACGUGAUGGGCCUCAGCUCAUACGUCCACACGCAGGUGGACGUGAAUGGAACGGAUCUGCCCAGCAUCUACGUACGCGUUGGUGCUUUCCGAAAGUGGAUAUCUGCUGUCCUUAGGACGGAGCUGGACUGAUAUCAUGAUACAAGGAAGGAGCCGAACAACCGAACAUCAUUCAACCGAUAACCGAUGUCCGAUCCUGUCCUGUUGGAUGUGUAUUAUUGCGAUAGAAUGGUUAUACACAAAUUAAAUUCGACAACAUCUGGUCCAUCAAGAUGCUAGUACUGGGCAAUAGAUAG